AUAUCCAAGAAACUGCCAGAAAUUUCAAUUGUUUAUUAUCUCGACGAUUUUGAUAAUUUCGGAUUCGGUUGGGUUGAAUCGAGUGAUGAGUACAAGGUGUUUGUGAAUGUGGUUGAAUAUAACUCCAGCGUUGGUGAAAUUUAUAGUACCAGGACAAAAUCAUGGAAAACAAUUGAGCUCUGCCCAUAUUUCCUUCCAUUUAGCAAGGGGGGGCUGUUUGGAGGUGGGAAGCUUUACUGGAUGUACGAGGAUGAUCAAGUUAUUAUUUUCUUGGACUUGAAGAGUGAGGUGUUCGGAAGGAUUGAGAUUCCCUUUGAUCAAGAGAUGUAUGGAGAGAUUGAUCAAGAGAAGGACGACAUUGACCUGGGUGUGCUUGGUGGUUUCGUUUGUCUGCUAUGUUUUAAUUAUCAAAUUAGAUGCUAUCAAGUUUGGGUUAUGAGGGAGUCUUGGGAGAAAGUGGUGACUCUUUCUCAUCUUCUUGAGCUUCUUCAACCACCAUUGGUGAAAGGUUUAAAUGGAGAGAUUUUGGUAAAUUGUGGAUCCAUUGUGGUGGUCUAUGAUUGUCGGGAUAAUGUGUUCCGCAACCUCAAGUAUUGUUCCUGUUGUGAGGAUACUGGGUUCAGCAGCCACGAGGAUUGUGUCGAUUCAACUUCACAUGAUGUCUAUGUUGAAAGUUUAGUCUCGCCAGAAGAUUUAUGAAACAAGUCUUAGAACAUGAUUGUGACUGGUUUCAUAGCUUUUUUGAUGAUAGGUGUUUUAUUUCGAUGCUUUAUAUAUAUAAAUAUAUAUUUUGAUCUUGUAGAUCCUAGUCCUCCCUUAGUACUGUAGACCCUUGUAUUUAUUUAUAAUGUUAAAUAAAAGUAUUUAUUUAUGAAUUGUGUUAGAUAAUCCAGAAUAUUAUUCAUGGUUUAUCUGAGUAGAACAUGCUUGUUAUAUAUA